UAGGUGUACAGUUACACUUGCCGCAAUAUUUUUCAUUGAAUACUUUUAAAAAAUAAUAAUAAAUACAUGUUCAUGACAUAUAUUUCGUGUAUAUGGAAGCUGUCUGAAUUCUGAUCGAUUCUACUAGCAGCCAAAUUUGUCUGUCGUUGAAUAACUGCCCAAAUCACUUCACAUUCUUGUUCUCUCAUGUCUUUUUUUGACUAAUUGAGCUGAAUAACUUUGUCUGAAUUGUGAGAACUGGUUUGGAUUUUGAUCAAAUCUUUUGUCAGUUUCAGCUUCCAUGGCUACAGACCCUUCACCACAGAUCCCAACCAGGGUUAAUUCAAGGAGGUCCAGCAACUUGAUACACCCAGUUGAUGUAGAAACGCCACCUGUUGGGACUCCAGGUCCAGUCGUUUACAGAGAAAUCAAGCGCUUCAAGAAAUGGAUACCUUGGUUGAUUCCUGCUUUUGUUGUUGCCAAUACUGUUGUGUUUAUCAUCACCAUGUACGUGAAUAAUUGUCCCAAGAAUUCUGUUUCUUGCAUUGCUGAUUUCUUAGGUAGGUUCUCCUUUCAGCCUUUUAAGGAGAAUCCUCUUCUGGGUCCUUCUUCUGCCACGCUGCAGAAGAUGGGGGCUCUAGAUGUAAAGAAAGUAGUUGAUGGACACCAGGGAUGGCGUCUCAUCACUUGCAAUUGGUUACACGCAGGCGUUUUUCAUUUGCUGGCAAACAUGUCGAGUCUUUUAGUCAUUGGAAUCUGGCUUGAAAGAGAUUUUGGAUUCAUACUGGUUGGAUUGCUGUAUAUCAUCUCUGGAUUUGGUGGGAGUUUGUUGUCUGCUCUUUUCAUCCAGUCAAAUAUCUCUGUUGGUGCCUCUGGUGCGCUUUUUGGGUUACUUGGAGGCAUGCUUUCUGAGCUUAUUACUAAUUGGACAAUUUAUGCUAAUAAGGUGGCAGCCUUUGUGACUCUCCUGGUCAUCAUCGCCAUAAAUUUAGCAGUAGGAAUCCUACCACAUGUUGACAACUUUGCUCACAUUGGAGGAUUUCUCACCGGUUUUCUUCUUGGAUUUGUGUUUUUCAUCCGCCCCCAGUUUGGAUGGGUUAGUCAAAGAUAUGCUCCUCCUGGACAUUCAAGUUCAGCUCGACCUAAAUUCAAGAAAUAUCAGUACAUUUUGUGGGUGGUUUCUUUGAUCCUGUUAAUUGUGGGUUUAACUCUUGGAUUGGUUAUGCUUCUCCGUGGAGUUGACGCAAAUGAUCAUUGUUCUUGGUGUCAUUACUUGUCCUGCGUCCCUACUUCAAGAUGGAGCUGCAAUUCAGAGCCCGCAUACUGCUCGUCCACCCAACUAGGCAGCCAGGUAAAUGUAACUUGCUCCACCAGCGGAAAGACCACCACAUACUUUUUGCCAGGCGCAAGCAAUUCUCAGAUCCAGAGUCUAUGUUCUCAGCAGUGCAGCUGAUUCUACAUGCCAAAAGAUGGAAGUUCGAUCAUGCAUCACUUUCAUGUACAAAAUAUUAUCAGUAGCCAUUCCUUUUAUACGUUUCUAAUACAUUGUCUUCCCAUAUAUACUACAUUGUUCUGUAAAUUGACCUUCAGCGUGGCACCGAUGAUUGAUUUACGAUUGGUUACUAUGAUUUAGAAGUGAAUCAGACGAAUAGACGGUAGUAUGAGAAUGCAGGAUUUCUAUUAUGCAGUACUGCAGCAGUUUCAAUAGGCCAACUCUAGAAUUGCUCUUUCAAAUAACCCACCAAGAAUUUAGUAACAUAGUAAUGUAUAGCAUCAUCUUGACUUAAUCCAAAUCAUGCAUUACUACAACAAUUCAACAGUUAAGCUAAAAGUGUUACACAAUUUGCUCAUUGUAUGAAUUUAAAAUAUUCCCACGAUUUUCCUUUCUCACCUUUCUCAAUGUUCCUGCUUUCAGAAUGAAAAUUCUAAUCAAUAUCUCUGGGGUUUUCAC